CCCUUCGCACGGCGUUUCACCCCCGCAGCGACAGAUAUCUGGAAACAUGGCUACUGAACAUGUUAAUGGGAAUGGUACUGAAGAGCCCAUGGAUACUUCUGCUGCAGUUACCCAUUCUGAGCAUUUCCAGACAUUGCUUGAUGCUGGUUUACCACAGAAAGUUGCUGAAAAACUAGAUGAAAUUUACGUUGCAGGGCUAGUUGCACAUAGUGAUCUAGAUGAAAGAGCUAUUGAAGCUUUAAAGGAAUUUAAUGAAGAAGGUGCAUUGGCAGUGCUUCAGCAGUUUAAAGACAGUGAUCUCUCACAUGUUCAGAACAAAAGUGCCUUUUUAUGUGGAGUCAUGAAGACAUACAGGCAGAGGGAAAAACAGGGGACCAAGGUGGCAGAUUCUAGCAAAGGACCAGAUGAGGCAAAAAUUAAGGCACUCUUGGAGAGAACCGGCUACACUCUUGAUGUGACUACUGGACAGAGAAAGUAUGGUGGACCUCCUCCAGAGUCUGUAUAUUCAGGACAACAACCUUCUGUUGGUACAGAGAUAUUUGUGGGCAAGAUUCCAAGAGACUUGUUUGAAGAUGAACUUGUUCCAUUAUUUGAGAAAGCUGGCCCUAUAUGGGAUCUCCGCUUAAUGAUGGAUCCACUAACUGGUCUAAAUAGAGGAUAUGCUUUUGUCACUUUUUGUACUAAAGAGGCAGCUCAGGAAGCUGUUAAACUGUACAACAACCAUGAAAUUCGUUCUGGAAAACACAUCGGUGUAUGCAUCUCUGUUGCCAAUAAUAGGCUUUUUGUUGGUUCUAUUCCUAAAAGUAAAACCAAGGAGCAAAUUGUUGAAGAAUUUAGCAAAGUAACAGAGGGUCUUACAGAUGUCAUAUUGUAUCAUCAGCCUGAUGACAAGAAAAAGAACCGGGGUUUCUGUUUCCUUGAAUAUGAAGAUCACAAAACUGCUGCUCAGGCCAGACGUAGGUUAAUGAGUGGCAAAGUGAAAGUCUGGGGAAAUGUUGUUACAGUUGAAUGGGCUGACCCUAUAGAAGACCCAGAUCCUGAAGUCAUGGCAAAGGUAAAAGUUUUGUUUGUACGCAAUCUUGCCAAUACUGUAACAGAGGAGAUACUAGAAAAGGCCUUCAGUCAAUUUGGAAAGCUAGAGCGCGUGAAGAAGCUAAAAGACUAUGCUUUCAUUCAUUUUGAUGAACGGGAUGGUGCUGUAAAGGCAAUGGAAGAAAUGAAUGGCAAAGAUUUAGAGGGAGAAAACAUUGAAAUUGUUUUUGCUAAGCCACCAGAUCAAAAAAGGAAAGAACGGAAAGCUCAGAGACAAGCGGCUAAAAAUCAGAUGUAUGAUGAUUACUACUAUUACGGUCCACCUCAUAUGCCCCCUCCAACAAGAGGUCGAGGCCGAGGAGGUAGAGGUGGUUACGGAUAUCCCCCUGACUAUUACGGCUAUGAAGAUUAUUAUGAUUAUUAUGGCUAUGACUACCAUAACUAUCGUGGUGGAUAUGAAGAUCCUUACUAUGGUUAUGAAGAUUUUCAAGUUGGAGCUAGAGGAAGGGGUGGUAGAGGAGCAAGGGGUGCUGCUCCAUCCAGAGGUCGCGGGGCUGCUCCUCCCCGUGGCAGAGCCGGUUAUGCACAGAGAGGUGGUCCUGGAUCAGCAAGAGGCGUUCGUGGUGCGAGAGGAGGUGCCCAGCAACAAAGAGGCCGCGGGCAGGGAAAAGGGGUCGAGGCCGGUCCUGACCUGUUACAAUGAAGACUGACUUGCUAUGUGGGAUUACACCAGAAGCUUGCAGUGGAGUAAUGGUAAGGAUAUCAAGCAACCUUAAGUAUCUCAGCUGUAUAGGAGCAUAUUCUGUUGCAAAAGACCUUCCUGCGAAGAUCAUGGAUUCAAAUAUGGGACAUUUGAACUAAUACUUGGACUUUGAAAUGAAUUUCUUUAACAGUUUUCUCUGCAGUGCAAGUUAUUAAACUAAAGCUACUCUAUUUCCCCAAUGUGUUCAACAAAAUCCUUAACGUCUAGCAUGGUAUCUUAAUAAAGAAUAAAGUCGUUCUUUAAAAAAUCUGCUUUAAGUAGAUUUUUCCCCCAAGUUUUCUUACUUAAGGAUUCCAAAAGUGGUAUUCACAAAUUCUUGCAUUUAAAUUUUUAUUGCAGUGGUAUAGAUGAAUACCAUCAUUGGUAUCCUUAAAUUUUAUUUCUGCUCAUGAAGGUUAAUCAUGAUUGUCUAUAUAGUAAUCACUUAUGAAUUGUGUUCAGAUACAGCAGUUUCAGGUGUAAUCAUCAGAGCUGGUUAGUCAGGCAUUCCAGAUAGUGGUUCUUUUCAGAACCUUUUUUAAAGGGUUGGUUAACUACCUCAGUAGCAGAGGAUUGAACUAUACCCUGUCUGUACUGUACAUAGAAAAUCUUUGUAGAUAAAAGCAAGGCUUGUUUAAUAUGAUAUGAGGGUGAGAUUAUAAUAUACCAAAUGUAACAUUCUUAGUUGCCUUUAGUUCCAGAGGCUUUGUAAGACUUCCUCAUGACCAUCAUAACAGGCCUUGCUUUUGUCGUAUUUUGUGGCUGAAAAAGCAGCCUUGCUUCUUCAGAUAUUGUAGUUAUUUGGAUGUAUAAUAGUUUAGCAAGAUGUUACUUUUGUAAGACAUCAGAUGUUCAAAAAAAGUGCAUCAGCAACUUGUACUAAAUACUGCAGUGUCCCUUUAUAAAAGGUCAGACUAAAACUGACAACUGUACAGUGAAGCCUGACAUUUGGAUAUUUUGAAGUUUUUCAUAAAUCAUAGAAUAGUAUAUGGCUGUAGUUUAGCUUUUUAGGUAAAAGGUAUGUUUUCAUUAGUGCAUUUCUUCUUGCUGAUCACUGUAAAAACGUGUGGAUCAGCUUUCCAUUUCUCUUACGCAGAUCAUGAUAACCUGUAGAGUAGAGUAGAGUACAAUCAUUUGUGCUAUGUUUUUAAUUUUCUAAAGCACCUUGAUGACAGUGAGUGUUCAGUGGUGAAGCAUCCUCUAUUGAACCACCCUUAAAAAAGACAAAACAAAAACAAAAGAACCUUGCCAAGUCCAACUUCAUAUAGUUAAAAGAUAGGUAAAAUUACAACUUACUUUGGACUUGGCAUAAAGAGCUUCCCUUAACCCCCUGCCCAAAGGGAUACUGCAGUUAUACUACAUACCCAUAGGCACCACAAUGAAAAUUGAAGCUUAUACCUAAUUAAGGUUUUAUACACACCAGUUCCCCCAGUAAAUGCAAAUUUUAACAAAAUUAGACAUGUCAUAUGUUGAAAAUGCUCAUGGCAAACAAUCAUUUUGCAUUCCUGCAAAUAAAAUUGUUUUAUACUGUAAGCUGGAGGCGAGUGUAACUUAUUUUUGUAAUAAAGUUUUUAUUUUUUUUAUGUGUCAUUAAUAUAAAUGUGUGUUAGUACAGAGAUCUUCUGGUUAAAAACUUAGAAUCGCACACAUUUCAGUAUGUUUACUUGUAUUUACAUAAUUUUUAGAAUAGUGGUUGCCAAUAGCCUGUAUGUUUCACAUUAAUUGAUUUUUUUUUUGUUAUCUUAAUAAACCAUUUUAGUAUGUUGUAUGUCAAUUACUGGGAUAGCUGGGACAUGAAGUGUAAUUUAAAAUUGUCAAGUAUUCAUUGGAAUAUGUAAAUGUGCCUUGCCAGUUUUGAACUUUAAGACAAAGUAAGUGAAUGAUGGUGAAAUGAGUAGUCAAUCCGUAAGAGACAUUUGCUACCACAGUUUCAUAUAAUACUGCCCUUGCUAAAGAAAAGUAACUUUUUUCCUCAAAAUUGAGCAUAAAAGUAUACAGUUGCGUUAGCUUCUCAAUUUUCAAAUCUAGUUAUAGAGUAUUAGGCUUAUGGAAAGUGGGUUUGCUAAUUGUAGCCUUAAGUAUAAUUUUGAAUUUCAAUGUAAUCCUUGGUGCUGGCAUUCCCAGUGCCAAGGAGUUUAAAUGCUCCCUUCAAAGAGGUUGCCAUGCCUACUGGCACUUUUACUGUCAUACGGUUUUAUAAAGGAACACUGUCAAGAUGUGGAAACCAGUUUUCAACUUGCUAUAAAAUGAAAACACUGGGGGCUGUAGGAGAGGGGAAGUCCUCAGAUUUCUUAAUCUUGAAAUCUCUCCAUUGCUGAAAAAUUUAAAACACUUGUGGGAUCACAAGUGCUAGUGACUAGUUCUUAGUCUGGAAAUGUGUCAGGGGGGAUGACAAUAUAUUUUUGGAAUUAUGACAGUUCACAGAAGUGCAUAAAAACAUUGCUAUUAAGGCACUAUAUGUGUUGAAAUUGUGGAUCACAUCCUUAAUUUCAGCUCUGAUAAAAGCAUGGGGGACUAUUGUUUUUUAAAAAAAAAAGGCAAAAUUGACAGGGAAGUGUUUGUUUUUAAUGGAAUGCAAGCAAUGGUGAGUGAGCAAAAUACCAAGAUCUUGACAGUGUUCCCCCUAAUUAUGAACUCAAGCCAUUAUAACUUUUAAAAUUAAAUAUGAUUUGCACUGUUCUGAUAUUGGUGCAGUUUUUUAGCAGAAUGAUCAGAAAACUAAAUUGCAUGUGGUGAUUAAUAUUGUGGAAAAAAAACCUAAAAUCAAAAAAUGUUAUUUUCAAAGCUUUAAAUUUGAUUGUGUAAAGAAAAAACGUUCAUUAUUAAGUAUGGAAUACUGGUGAGAAUGGGCAAGUGCAUAUAUACAACAUCAGCUUGGUUGCACUUGGGUGUUGGUAAACUUGAAAUGUUCUACAGCAAUAAUGCAUCUCGUACGGGGUGCUUUGGUGACAAAUGGACAUAAACCACACAGUUCUUUUUGGAAUGUUGAAGGCAAGUGUUGACUUAAUGUAUUAUGCUGCCUCUGUUUAUGCUCAUAGGAGGCUUUCUUUACUGAAACACCUGCAAGGGUUUGAGUAUAAGCUAGCAUAGCUCCACAUUGGUUUGUCAUGUGUUCCUAAAUUUGAAGCCUAGUUGAAUUUAAUAAGAAAUUGGAAACUGCUGCUG